AUGUGGGCUAGCAGAAGGAUUGGGGAGGACGAACAACUGUACAUUGUCCACGUGCAGGGAGCCGCUGGCAUCGGUCUCCCGACUACGCUGCUGGUCAAGAAGUUCCAGAAUGCAAACCCAGCACUCCUAGUGGAUGACAAUGUCAAGAACCGCUGCAAGUUGGAGAUGACUCUGUUAGCCAGCAUCUCUCAUGACAACAUCAUCAAUGUGCUACACUUCAUCCAGAGGGAAGACGCGAUCAUGCUCGUCUACGAGUACCCGGUGAAUGGCAGCCUUGACUACUGGCUCCACCGGCGGGAGGGAGGCGAGCAGCCACUGAGCUGGCCGCAGAGGAUUGCUAUCGCCAUCGGCGUGGCCCAAGGGCUCUGCCACUUGCAUCACCGAUGCAACAGACCGAUUGUCCACCACAACAUCAACUCUGAAAACAUCUUGCUUGCUCAGAAUUUCAAGGCCGUGAUAGCCAGCUUUGGCAUUGCGCAGAUGAACAUUGCCGGGCUUAACCAACCAUUGCCGAUCGGGGACAUUCCAGUUGGUAACUUUGGGUAUGCAGCUCCAGAGUAUGGUGUCGCGGCAAGCCAGCUGACGGAGAAGGUAGACAUUUACAGCUUCGGCGUGCUGCUGCUGGAGCUAGUCACAGGGAAGUUGGCCAAUGGAGCAGAUGGUCUAUUGGCGAUUUGGGCUCAGGACAACUGCAAUGAAUUGAUGGCAAACCAUCUGAAAAUGUUCAAGAUUGUCGUGGACAAGGGCAUCCCUGAUCAAGCGCGGUACAUGGAGGAGAUGGCGGCCGUGUUCAGGCUGGGUGUGGAUUGUACCGUUGGGGAUCUGAAGCAAAGGCCGUCCAUGCAGAUGGCUCUCAAACAACUCCGCCGCAGCCGUGGGCGUGGCCCAUUCCGUGGCCUCCUCAUCCUGUAA